AAACUUGUCAUCCGGUUAUGGUCUGCGUGAGCUGAAAAUUGUAAGUGCAAUGGUUUGCGCCAUAGCACCGAUGCGCGCCUGCAUGAUUUGAAGGGAGGUCAGAGGGCCGCACGUUCGCGAACAAAUCGACUAAAUGCCAGAGAGCGCUCGGCUGCUGCUGCCAUGGACUGUCCGAUAAAGGUAGGUGCAGGUCUGCUUUGCGCCACGGCGGCGGCGGAGGUGACAGGCGGCCACCCACAUCAGUCUGCUCAGUGAGAGAGUCGAGGCGGUGAUGCGAGCUCCCCACUCUUUCCUUCUUGUACAAAAUUUCCUCUUCCUUCCCGUUCGUGGUUGUAUGUCGGCUCUAUAAUAACACAACUAACCACUACAUCUUUACGCGCAGAUAAAAACACUAAUUGGUGGCCGGCGACGCGCGCUGAAGAGGAAUUCCUGCAUUUUUCGGCCUUUUAAUGCAUUUCUGUCUCUUUUUUUCGGCCCAUUUUUAUUCUUGAGUUUACCGAGCUCAUCCAGACUCUCAGAUUAAACUCAGGGGGAAAUGUUUUAACCUUAAAUGGUAUCAGAACGGGUCUGUUUGAUUUUUUUUAACUUUUUUUUCGUGGAGUAUGGGUUGAUAGAGCGGUGGGACUGAUGCGCUCAGAGCAGGUGUCGCUGCGGCGCGGCGCUUUGGCGCGGAGCUGGAGGAUCCACUCAACUGGAAGCGCUGUCUGUGAUGAGUGAGGACCAGCCCAUGUUUGAGCCGUCGUACACCGCGCCCCCUGCCAUGCAUAUGAAGACUGAAAUGACUUCGCCCGGGGGGUUCAGCCAGACUUCCAAACAGAGUCCAGAGCCGGCUGAGCCGGAAUGGGCGGCGUCAACGCCACAAAACUCCGGGAAGAGAGGCGAACACGUCAAUGGGACCAGUCGUGAGUCCCCCGUGGACUGUAGCGUCACCAAACGCUCCCGACAUGUGAGUGACGACGAAGCCCCCAUGCUGUACCAGUCCUCCUACCAGGAGCCCCGCGUCAGCCCCCAGACCACCACCCCACCCAGCAACGUCACUGAGGAGAAGCGGGUCAUCGUCCCAGCAGAUCCCGAGGUUUGGACUCAGUUCCAUGUGCGGCAGUGGCUGGACUGGGCCAUCAAAGAAUACGUCUUGGAAGAGGUGGACGUCAUGCUCUUCCAAGCCGUGGACGGCAAAGCUUUGUGCAAGAUGACCAAAGACGACAUGAUGAGGCUCACGUCGGCCUACAAUGCAGACAUCCUGCUCUCGCACCUCAAUUACCUCCGACAGAGUAGCCCCACCUUCUCAUACUCCACGACUCCGGCCAACACGCCCCCUCCACAACCCAGACUACAGGUGAAAGCAGAGAGCGGCUUUGAUGAAAUCAGUCGCAGGAACAGCUGGCCGACCAACAGCAUGACUCCUCCAGUGCCCAAAGGUUCUCCAAUGGAGCACCAACACAGCACCAGAGUUACAGAACCUGCACCAAGAAUUGGGCCAGAUCCGUAUCAGACAUUAGGGCCCAUCAGCAGCCGGCUUGCCAAUCCAGAAAGCCAAGCUAUCAGCUCAUCCAAGAGCCGAACAGGCAAACAAAGCCCAUUCAAGCUCCCCGACCCCGGGGCUCACAGGCCUGUGGGAUCGGGGCAGAUCCAGCUGUGGCAAUUCCUGCUGGAACUUCUUUCUGACAACAACAACGCCAGCUUCAUAACCUGGGAGGGCACCAACGGCGAGUUCAAGAUGACCGACCCAGACGAGGUGGCCAAACGCUGGGGAGAGCGAAAGAGCAAGCCCAACAUGAACUAUGACAAGCUCAGUCGGGCUCUUCGCUACUACUACGACAAAAACAUCAUGACCAAAGUCCACGGCAAGCGCUACGCCUACAAGUUUGACUUCCAAGGAAUCUCACAGGCGCGUCAGAACAAUGCGGCAGAGGGCGGAAUUGUUAAGUACCAGACUGAGAUGUCUUACGUCCAGCCCUACCACAGCCACCAGCCAAAAAUGAACUUCAUGGGUGCCCAUCCUGGCUCCAUGCCCGUCUCCCCCGGCAACUUUUUCGGCCCUCCCUCAACGUACUGGAACUCACCCAAUAACCCCAUCUAUCCUGGCUCAGCCAUGACCAGACACCCUACUCACUCCCACCUGAGCUCAUACUACUGAGGACAGUGAAUGUCGCACCUGAACAGAACACAGGAGAGAACCCAAGUGUGCUCCACGCCGGUGGCACCUGAGCUGAACCCUGUCUGCAAAGAGGGCGAUAUGACGCUACAGUCCAUUUGUAAAAAUGCAUUAUGCCAUUGUCUUCUGCACAUUCCCUCCUCAAAAUGGAUCAAGUGUGAGGCUUGAACCCCUCCAAGGGUUCAAGGAAGACACCAGACUGUAUCAAUGAUUAUUCUUUUAAGAUUUUGGUCAUGUGGGUUUUCUUACUGGCACCUGCUAUCAAUGUCACAGUUGUGAGAGUAGCAUCGUUCAUUUGUAACUAUUCCUUCUGCCGUCUUCCCGUUAUCGAGGCUGAAUUUUUGUAAAACAAAUUGUACAGAAUGGUUUUCAUGUAACAAUAAACAUUUAUACGUUAUGUAACCCUAACAAAAGGAUGCUUUUGUU